UUUGUCCUGAUGAAGAAGACGCCAUCUAUCUAUUCUAUUUAUUUACGGCGAUGGCUUCCGGUGAAGGAGAAGAAGCAGGAGAUGAAGGCCACCGUCGGCCAAGACGUGGCAUGCUUAAAAUGUACUAUGGAUUGGAUGAAGAGAAUUCAGGAGCUACAUCUGUGGACCCUUGUAACAUUGAUGGUGCACAUUUUAAGCCUGAUGUGUACCUGUCUAAACUACUGAAAGAAAAAGCUUUGAAAGAUUUGAUGGGAAAAGAAGAUGAAAUGAUCAGAGAUAUCAAGGCUUUGGAUAGUGACAUGCAGACCCUUGUGUAUGAGAAUUAUAAUAAGUUUAUCAGUGCCACUGAUACUAUUCGAAAGAUGAAAAAUGAUUUUAAGAAAAUGGAAGAUGAGAUGGAUCACCUGGCCACCAACAUGUCUUCUAUCACUGAGUUCAGCGGUCGAAUCAGCAGUACUCUACAGGACAGGAGACAGCAGAUAACAAAACUGGCUGGAGUACAUUCCCUACUGAAGAAGCUUCAAUUCCUAUUUGAACUGCCAGCAAGAUUGAAGAAAUGCAUUGAAAUGGAAGCAUAUGAUCAGGCAGUGAGAUAUUGGAGCAAGGCAAAACAAGUUCUACAUCAGUAUCAAGAUAUGCCCUCUUUCCAAGGGAUUCAAGCUGACUGUGAGGCCAUUGUUUAUGAGCUGGUGGCAAAACUGAAGCAAAGGUUCAGGGACAGAGAUUCCAGUCCUCAGCAGCUUGCAGAGUGUGUUGACUUGCUUCUUCAACUGAAUGAACCAGCUGAGGGGCUUUAUGAGGAAUUCUUAUCACAUGCAAGACAGAAGAUUGACGAAGACCUUGAUGCUCUACAUAAACAACUGCAAAUACUAUCUGGAGAAGCCCAGCCAGAAGCUGAGAGGCCAGCUGACAUUUAUCUUAAUGCACCUAUGGACAUUUUGGAAUUUAUAGACUCGGGUUGCAAUAGUUUCCUGAGCAAUAUAUGUUUGGUCAUCGCAUCUUACAAUGAUAUGUUCCUCAACAGAGAACAGGAGGAUGAGAAUCUAGAUGCAAUAGCUCUUAAAAAGCUGGUGCAGUUUGUCCACUCUCUCAUGGAGCAGUACUUUGAUUAUGUUAGGAGAAGGGUGCAGUUGGAGAAGGACACGGGGGACAAUACCAUUCUAGUCCGAGCACUGGACCGCUUCCACAGGCGUCUGCAGGCCAUGAACCAGCUGCUUCCAGACACAGAUUUCUCCCGUGCUGGCACAGAUAUUGUGUCUAAGGCAGCUAGAGACAGGAUAGAUUAUUAUUUGCAGUCACUAAAACAACAUUUCACAGACUGCUUGACUGAUGUACGGCAAAACCUUGCUGCUCCCAAAGCCAACCGCCAGGAAGAAAGUAGCCUGUCAGACUUGUUGAACAACAUGCAUACAUCUCUUGUUGAACAGAUAAAGUCAGUAAUGACUAACUUACAGGCUUUUAUUGCAUCAGACAUUACAUUUGCCAUAAAACCAUAUUUCCGUGAUCCAUUUUGUGGACAAGGUGUGCGAGAGGGUCUUGUAGUCGCUUUCUUCAAGAGCAUCACAGUAACUUGUGCAGAAUUUUGUGAUGGCACAGGAGAUAAAGGUUCAGCUCCCCCAGCUCUUCUUCUCAUAUUGUCUAGAAUGUGUUUAGACUUUGAACGAUCAACUAUAAUGUAUCUGUUAUCUCUGGCAGAUGAACAGUUUAUGGUCGAUGUGAGCGGGGGAAAUCUUACCACAGGGACAGAACUUUGCAAUAUGUUUAAAGAUGCUGCCCAGCUAUUACUGAACCACUAUGUUCGUGUGCAAGGGUUAAUUAUAUCACAGAUGCUUCGGAAAAGCGUGGAAACUCGAGACUGGCUAAAUACAAUAGAACCUCGCAAUGUGCGUGCCGUGAUGAAGCGUGUAGUGGAAGAUAUCACUGCCAUAGAUACUCAAGUAGGUCAGCUGUAUGAGGAGGGGGUACGUAAAGAGAGGAGUAGCGAUUCCAGCAGGAGGACUUUCAACUACAGUGUCAGCAGGCAGCAGAACAGAUCACAAUGGAAUUAUGCUCCUAGCAUUGACAAUAGCCUGAUGAGCAACAUACAGAAGUUAUUCUCUGAGAGGAUAGAAAUCUUCAGUGCUGUAGAGUUCUCAAGAGUGUCUGUGCUUACUGGGAUUAUCAAAAUAAGUCUGAAAACAUUCCUGGAGUGUGUGCGUCUGAGGACAUUUGGCAGAUAUGGCUUACAGCAGAUUCAGGUGGACACGCAUUACUUGCAGCUCUAUCUCUGGAGGUUUGUCUCUGAUGAAAACUUGGUGCAUUUCUUAUUAGAUGAAAUAGUUGGUAGUACAGCACACAGGUGUUUGGAUGCAGUGCUCAUGGAACCUAGCGUGAUAGAGUUAAUAUGUGAAAGAGGAUAACUUUUGAGGAAGCCACAGUAAAAAUAUGCUGAUCUGUACGCAAGACCAGAAAGAAUCUUUAAGUUAAAAUAUUUUUAAAAAUUGAAAGAAAGUGGUGAUGGUGCUGUUUUUCUUUACUCAAGUGUUCAAAGUGUAAUUGUAACAUUCUUACAUAAUGAAUUUUACUAAUGGUUGGAGUAAGUUUGUAAAUUGAAGAGUGAAACAUUACAGGUGUAUUUAAGGUAAUGGUUAAAUAGGCUAAAAUACCAUUUGGGUGGUAAUUAUGUACGUAAGUUGCGAUUAUUUGUAGAAUAAAAUUUAUCUAAUUUGAGACGGAGACCCCUACAGAAACAUUUGCAAGAUUAUUAAGGGUUGACCUCCCAAGUCUGAAUGAUGUUGAGUGGAUUGAUAAUUCAGACAUUUAGCUUUGUGCCUCUUUUACACACAGUAAGCUUUAAAAAAUAUGUGCAUGGAGCAACUACAUAUCUUACCUCAUCCCAAAUGUGUCCAUGAACUAUAGUACAGGUGCUCAGCUUGCUAACACCCUAUUUGGUGAACCUUACAUUGCACACUAAAACUUGGGAGUUCGACUCCUUGAUUAUGAAAGAUUGUAAUCAAAGAGCUGAUGGUUUUUUGGCAAGGAAAGUUGGCAUUUUAACAAUCAUAUUUUGGAUAGCGGAAAUCAUGUCUCCCUGGCACACACUGAAUGCUAUGAAAAUAAUUGUAAAACAGCAGCUUUCUUAAAACUGAGUCAAUAGAGUAAUAAAUUUGUCUUAUUAUUCAGUGAAAACUUUAGUGUUUUUUAUAGAAGAUUUACACAGGCCAAUCUGCUGUAAGACAUU